CUGUCUGGGAAUCGCAGCUGCUGGCUUCCCUUAUCUGAGAAGCAGAAAGAAAAGAGCUUUGUAGGCAACACUACCUUUCCUGGACUUAUUCGUUCACAUAAGGAUUCCAAUCGUUCCAAUAUCCUGCAGUCAAGAUAGGGACACAGCCCAGGCUUCUAAGUGAAGGCGUGCAGGCACGUUGCUACUCUGUCCAGAUAAUUGAAAAAAAAAACUCUGGAGCCGUAGCCAUGAAGUUGUGCUUGCAACUCCACCAAGCCAUUAUUGGAGGACGGCCCCACGUGACUCCACGGCACCAUGCUUGGCACGUUUUCGAAGAAGUUUGGAUGCAUCUCUGGACUAAGCGCGGGAAAACAUGGAGGCCAAGAGACAGCAGUUGGAGAGCUCCAACCUGUCGUCCCGUCUUCUGCCAAUGCCAGUUGGUACCAGGCUGACACAUAUUGGAGGGUAUUGGACUCAGUGGACGAAAAUGAUAGCAGUAGCAAAGACAUUAUCAGUAGUUUGAAGAGUUGCUGUCCCCCUACUAGCCGCUGUUCAUCCAUGGAGAUAUUCCCCUGGAUGAAAGAUUGGCGGCUUACCAACGACCGGAGAACGACAGAUUUACAAGAGUUAGUCAACAGUCAAGGCGAGCCAUAUCUUCCAGUGAAGGGUAAAGACAGAGGGAGGCGGGACCGAACAGCUUUCACGAGCACCCAGCUAGUGGAGCUUGAGAAGGAGUUCCACUUCAGACCCUACCUGGAUCGUAGUCGGAGGUUGGAGAUGGCUGCUGGCCUGAAGCUCACCGACCGCCAGAUCAAGAUCUGGUUCCAGAACCGCCGCAUGAAGUCCAAGAAGGACCACAAGGUCGGACAGACAGAAGGGCCAUCAUCUCAGUGUUACACCAGCACGGCCUCCCUCGGCCCUGGUUCUUCCAGUGGAUACUCAGUACUUAACGGUGCAUGUGUGGUCAGAUCUUCUGUCUCUCCAAACCAGUUUCUCCUAGACUAUGGCUAUUCUUCAGCCCUUGAUCCUCACACUAAGGCAAGCAGCAGCCAAUACAUUUGUGCUAAUUCUAUUGGCCCUCCCCAUACGACCUUACCUGCAACUGCAGCAGCUGGACCCCAGUCUUCCAUAUCUCUGGCUGAGAGCAGUCAUUGGCCCACGUGUAUCCUAAAAAACUCCUCUGUAUCCAAAGAUACUCGGUUCUCCUACGCUGACAUGAAUGCUUAUUAUAAAUGUCAUGGGCUUCUCCUGACCCCUUAAAUCACUCGACUUAAACUUAUCUGUGAAAACAGCAUGACACACCUUUAACAUCUGUUUGUAUGAUCUUUUUCGGAAUGUUUCAUUUUAAUGUACCUGCAUGCCUCUAAAUGUCUGUGUGGUCCCAAAAGAUUAGCCCAAGUCUGAAUUAUAUGACGUUUGACUUCUUGUUGAUUUAGAUCAAGUUUUGCGUCUGUCUAACAUUUAGCAAAAUAAUGCGCCAAUAUCAUUACAUUAUUUUGGGGUCUAUACAUGUCUUGAUUUAGAAAUAAGACCUUUUGCAUGUGUAUGCAUGUUUCCUACAUAUUUUUUAUAAACUGUCCUACAUCCUACCGUGAGGAUGUACUAUUUUCCUUGUAUGUAAUAUAUUGACGGUUGUCCCCUGACCUAAUUUUCACUUCUUAUAAGCAUCUGUAAAAAGCAAAAAAUAUGUAAGACAAGCUUUGGAAUUAUAAAAUAGAAGCAUGUGUUC